AUGUCGUCUACUAGGCAAAGACAGGGAAACCUGUUCAGCAGUCUGCGCGUGUGGAAACUGAAGAUGCGGGAGGACCAGCGACAGCAAGAAAAAGCUGUCAUUGCUCAGCCAACAUUUGUUUUUGAAAAGAGGGAACAAACUUUUAAGAGACCUGCAGAAGACACCCUUCAUGAAGCAGCAGAACAUGAGUGUAAUGGUUUUUCAAGAAAGCGCGUACGGUUGUCAUCUUUUACUAUCCCUACUCCAGAUUCUCAGUCCCAAGGAGUGAAGAAAAACAGUGGUUUUAUGGCAUCUGCUCUUGUGCAAAGGAGUGUUGAUAUGAACAAUACAGAACGAGGUCCUGUGAAGCAAUCCCAACAGGUUCUAAGACCUGCCAUUUUGCAGCCACCUCCAGUACAAAGGUGUGAAAAAGGAAGAAAAACAUCUGGAUGUGAUGCAUUGGAAUCCUGCAAGACUAAAGAAAAUGCAAACAAUAAGGAAAGAACACCCCCUCUGAUUUCUGAGGGGGACUCCUAUUCACCAAGUACAAAUUUACUAAGUGCCAGAAUCUCGGUCCAGUUGUCUACUAACCAACAUUUUUCAGGGGGCAGGAGUAUGGGAUGUCAUCUAAAUGAAGAUAAGUGUUCUUUGAAAAGCUGCAGUUCUGAUUUUGUUUUUGGAGAAAAUAUGGUGGAAAGAGUUUUGGUAAGAUUUUGGAAUCAUGCUAUUUAAAUUUUCAUCAUGCAGGCCAGUGCCAGGGACAUAGGAUGUUUGUAUGCAGCAAUACAUCAUCGUCUUGUUGCACUUCGAAGCUUCUUUAAGCAGAAAGAUAUAUAUCAAGGUGAAAAUCAGUCAGAAAUAGUCCUCCAACAAUUCAACUAUGAUAGCUGUGAUGAAGACGAGGAUGAUUUCAUCCAAGACCCUAAAAAUGGAUCAGAUCCUUCUAGGUGGACCCACAGACAAUCAGUUGUCUGCUCAUAA